CCCGACUCGACCCCAGUUAAUCCGUUCGAUCGUAAAGCAGCCCAAAUAACCUAAAACCAUGUGCAAGCCUUUGUCCUUCAUCCUGCUGUCUGCUGUGAUUAUCCUGGCCAGCUCCCCAGCACAGGCCAACGCAAUGCGGAGUUGCGGCGAGAAGCUCAUCGAAAUGAUGAACUACGCCUGUGAAACCUUCAAUCCCGUGAUUGGCCAACAGAAACGGGCAAUGCAGUCCAAUGAUCUGGACCUCCUCGACCCGCUGCAGUACGUUCAGAACUUCGAGGAGGACAACUCCAUCUCGGAACCGGAGCCCAGUCGGCUCUUCCGCGGCAACUCCUUCGAGAGGGUCCUCAGUUCCCUGGCCGAAAUCCAGCGACGCACUCGCCAGCAGGGAAUUGUGAAUAGGUGCUGCAAAAGUCCCUGCAGCUUUGCUGUCAUCCAGGAAUACUGCUCCGUACCCAAAAGCCAUUAGGUUGACUGAUGCUUAAAAACGACGUCCCGUUACGAAAAUUGACCGGCUCUACCUGAUUAUCUCUGGAUCUGGUUCCAAACCAACCAUGUGAAUAUAUAUUUGAAACCACGUUUUUAUACAGCUUGUUGCAUGUUACACUUUAUGAAACGAUCGUAAAACAAAUAAAUAUAUCCUGCUUUGGGCUUUAGCAAACAAAUGCUGCUGAAA